AUGGGCCACCUCUUCACCAUCUCCGUGGCCGUGUUAGCGGCAACGGGGUCGUUUCUAUUCGGCUACGACUCGGGCGUGAUGACCGACGUGAUCGAAUCACCCAAUUUCCUGCAGUACUUCAACACGACUCAGACUUCGGCCGUGGUCGGGGCCAUCAACAGCACUUUCUCGGGCGGAGCAAUCAUCGGCUCCCUUCAAGGUGGACUGACCGUGGACCGCUUCGGCCGCAAGGCUACCAUCCAGCUGGGUGCCCUCAUCUGUCUCGUGGGCGCGACGCUGCAGGCCGCCGCACAGAACCUACCCAUGAUUUUCAUCGGACGCAUUCUAGCGGGCUGGGCUGUCGGGCUCAUAUCUAUGUCCGUCCCCGUCUACCAGGCCGAGUGUGCCCAUCCACGGUCUCGGGGGUUGAUUAUUGGGUUAGCCCAGCAGAUGAUUGGUAUUGGGUUUAUUGUUAGCACAUGGGUCGGAUACGGCUCUCUGCAUGCACCGGCCUCCAGCCAGUUCCAGUGGCGGUUCCCGAUCGCUUUUCAGGUCGUGCCGGCACUGGUUCUGGGUCUCGGCAUGUUCUUCUUACCCGAGUCUCCCCGCUUCCUCGUCGAAACGGAGCAGUACCCGGAAGCACUGCGGGUCCUGCGCAAGCUACACUUUAACGGCACCAACGAAGCCUGGAUCCAGGCCGAGUAUAGUGAGAUCCGCGCCACCAUCGAGGCCGAGAAGACUCUCAAGGCACCGGGUUGGAUGCCGAUGUUCACGGUGCCGCAAUGGCGAACCCGACUGCUUCACGGCGUCGCCAUUCAGGCCUUCACGCAAAUGACCGGAAUCAAUGUGAUCGGGUACUACCAAACAAUCAUGUACAAGGCGCUCGGCAUCACCGGGAACCGCAACACGCUCGUGGCCGGGUUGUAUAACUGUGUCGGGCCGCUGGCGAACUUGGUGUUUGUGGUAUUUCUGCUCGACCGCGUCGGGCGCCGCCGGCCCCUGCUGUUCGGCACGGUGGCCAUCUCGAUCGCGCUGGUCUGCGAGGCGGCGCUGAACUCGGCGAACCCAGACGGCCAGCGCGUCGGGUACAGCGUCGGCGGGGUCUUCUUCCUCUUUGCGGUGUCGGUGGCGUUUUCCAUGUCGUUUGGGCCUUGCAGCUGGGUCUACAUGGCCGAGGUCAUGCCGAUGCAGAUCCGGGGCAAAGGCAACGCCUUUGCAGUGGGGAUCGGGAACUGGGCGGUCGGCACGCUGUGGAAUCAAGUGUCCCCCCUUGCGCUGGGCCGCAUCGGCUGGGCGUUUUAUUUUGUGUUUGUGGCGUGGAAUCUCUGCAUCACCUUGCCCGUGAUCUAUUUCUUCUUCCAAGAAACCAAGCAAAAGUCCCUCGAGGAGAUCGACCUGCUCUUCGGCGGACGGGCGCUAGGUCCGCUAUCGGAUGUCAGCGUCGAGGGCAUGGGCCCCGAGGCGCGGGCCGAAAAAGAGGACAUGGGCUCGACGAUGAAUGUGGAGAAGGCAGAUUUAAACAGAAAUAAUAUAAAGAGAAUAGAAUAG